AUGGCGCCUUCAUCAAUGCUGCUUCUCAUCGUUGCAGCGACUGGCCUUCAGUUUGUUUUCGCACAACAGCUCUCCGACUCCUUGCACUUCAUCGACUUCUCUGCGUUUGCUGGGCUGAGUAAGACGUGCAUUCAGGCUCUGAACAAGACGGUUCAGUGCUCGAGCUACCUGGAUCAAGCCGCACAGAACGUUGUUGAGACGGGCAAUCUUCUGGCUGAGGAUGUCCUCACCGAGCUGUGUGUCGACAGUUGCAGAUCGUCGUUGACGAGCUUGAAGUCCACCGCCGAGACGGCCUGCACGGCAGAUGGAGAUGUCAUGGUCAAUCGAGAUAUUGCCUAUCCAGAUCAGUACUGCGACACUGACAUUGCUCAGUGGCGUAACGACACAGCCAACGACAACUCAACCGGCGCGUAUGACUGCGAGGACUGCAUGCUUGGAGUGAUGAAGUUGCAGCUAGAGGCGCCCAUCGCCUACAAUCGCUACCUGGAGGACUCGUUCACUUCGGCGACGUCCAGCUGCAGCGCCACCGGCUACGCGUAUGCAACGCCGGGGCAGUACGCGCUCAACUCCACCGCAACAACAGCAACUGGGAUGGCAGCUGGGACGGCAACAGCACCUACUUCGACAAGCACGUGCGUGGGCGAUUCGGUUACAGUCAAGGCGGGAGACUCGUGUGGCAGCAUCGCGGCAGCGCAUAGUGUGUCGACCUAUGGUCUAAUAGCGUUGAACAACCUCGACAUAUACUGCAACGACAUCACGACCAGGGACACGCUAUGCCUGCCCGAAAAGUGUCUUACUUACAUGCUUGGCUAUGGCGAUAGCUGCAAUGACCUUGCUGCUGCCUACAAUGUUUCAACGAUGGAGUUGACUUCAUGGAACAGCAACCUGGAGAGAUGCAUCAACAUGAAUCGCUGGGUCAACUGGUCCAUCUGUGUUGGGGUCCCGGGCGGCAAGACCACCGCCCAACCAACCGCACCAACAACCGCUGCCAUCCCCUCCAACGCAGCGCCAAAGUCCAACCGGCAAUGCGGGCUCUGGCACAACAUCACCUCGGGCGAUAACUGCGCGCACGUCGACGAGGAGUGCACCAAGCUCCAGCUCGGCGUGUCGUACUGCGUGCAGCCCGUCGGCGACAUCGCCGCCUACCCGGGCUACACCGCCGCCGCGCCUUCGACGAGCUUCACGCGCCCGGCGACGAGCAGCAGCAGGGCGCGGGCGGCGCUGCCAACCACCACGGCAACAAGCACCUUGAACGAGCCCCUCGUGACCUCGACGAACGGCGCAGGGACCUCAGACACGGAAAAAAAACACUUCCAACGAGCCCACUGUGACCUCGACGACUGCCUCAGCCACGUCCUCGGCUACGUCCUCAGGGGCAGUCCCGACGCCUACGCAGCCCGGGGCGAUCAGAUCUUGCACCAAAUGGCACAGGGUAGCGGACGGCGAUGGGUGCUGGUCUAUCGCUGA